CCUUGAUACAAUUUGUCCUUUAUUAACACUUGGAACUUAGAAGAGUGUUCAAUAUAAUGCGCAAUUACGCGGUAACGGUGAUGAUUAGCAACGGAAUUAAUGAAAAAGGAAGAACAGGCGGCUUCUGAACAAAUUUCCGGUCUCUAUAUAUAGUCGGCGACGCCAUGGCUUGGCUUCCUGGUUAGCGAAGCAAAAUCCAAUUUUAUAAUCAGAAAGCCCAUUUCACCUCCUGCUUUCUCCUCCCUGUUUCUCCCUGUUUCAAUCAGCAAAAGGAACAACAAUAAGCAAGCAGCAGCAGAGCAAUACAGACAGAAUGUCCUCUAGCGACGGAGAGAUUAUUGAAGAAGUUCUUAACAAUGAUGAGGAUCCGGGUGCCAACGAUUUGAGGCAGCGGUUGAGGGAUCGAACCAAGACCGUCGUGCAUACCAAAGAGAUUCUGUCGAAGCAGGCUACCCGAACCAAGGUGAAGAUCGCUAAACAGGCGGUGAAGAUCGCUAAACAAGCAGAGGAGCACGAAAGGUUCAUCAAUAAGGUGACCCAUUUUCUUGGCGUCUUUGGGUUUGGAGGGUUUUGCUAUCUCUUGGGUGCAAGGCCGCAGGAUAUUCCGUACGUCUAUUGUUUCUUCUAUUUCACAUUCGUCCCUCUUCGGUGGAUGUACUACCGCUACAAGAAAUGGCACUAUUAUCUCCUGGAUUUCUGCUACUAUGCAAACACAAUCUUCUUGGUCAAUCUCCUUCUGUACCCGAAGAAUGAAAAGUUUUUCAUGGUUUGCUUUUCAUUUGCGGAAGGACCGUUGGCAUGGGCGUUGAUUGUUUGGCGUUGUAGUUUGGUUUUCAACUCUGUGGACAAACUUGUUAGUGUCCUUAUACAUCUUUUACCAGGGUUAGUGUUCUUUACCAUUCGGUGGUGGAAUCCAGCAACUUUUGAGGCCAUGCAUCCUGAAGGAACUGCACGUAGAGUGUUGUGGCCAUACGUGGUGCAAGACAAAACAUUCCUUCUCAAUUGGUUGUUUUGGGUGCCUCUAGCUGCCUACACACUGUGGCAGACACUCUAUUUCCUCAUUGUCAACGUCCUUCGCCGUCAGCGAUUAUUGAGAGACCCAGAAGUCAUGACUUCCUACAGGGAGCUGUCAAAGAAGGCACAAAAAGCAAACAAUGUAUGGUGGCGCCUUAGUGGCGUGCUCGGGGAUCAGAACCGGAUGCUCAUGUACAUUUUGUUGCAAGGGUUAUUCACGGUGGCGACCAUGGCCCUCACAGUGCCCAUCUUUCUCUCCUAUAGACUGCAUGUGGUAUUCCAAUUUCUGAAAGUCUCUGCGGCCGUGUGGAAUGGGGGGAGCUUCCUCCUGGAAGUAAUGCCUAGGCAGGUGAUUCUCAAGGAGAAGAAGAAGAAAUCAGAGAUCAAGCCAGUACCAACUGGGGAACACGAUGAUGCUGCUUCAAGUCACCUGCCGGAACCAGCGAUGAAGAUGAGCAGUUCUGCCGAGGCACUGCAGUCCCAGCAAGAAUAAACUCGGAUAUACGGUUUUGCUGAUGUAGCAUUUCUCAGUUCAGGUCAGGUGCCUUCUCAGGUUGCAGCUUGCUGUAUAUAGUAAAAGAAACUCACUCCACUUGGUCGUUGUCUGGCUCAAUUUCUUCUUUCCGGUUUGUGGCUCUUCCUCGCGCAUUUGUGACUUUCUCGUGUUGCUUUUCGAAUGUCUGUUGUACCAUGCUUGAAUGAAAGCGGCAUACAAACUGGACUAGCAUACAAUCUUGUCUGCCAAGGAUGGAGCUUUCCUUUCCCCCCCUUAUGUUAUAGGCACAAGGUUUAUAGGGAAAGUAGGAAGUAUCUUUAUUUCUUCAAUGAGAUAAUAACAUAGCAUAUCAUGGUGGUAACUUGUGUUCAAUUUACUUCAGUUUCUACCGGUGUGGAGCAGUGUUUUACAUUUGCAUUUUAAGCUUCACUAAAUACAACAUCGUGCAUAAUUGGUAUUUUUAACAAUCGAAUCGAAAGGAGGCUCCUGCGGGGAAUGAAAAAUGGAAGCAUGU